AUGGAUAUAUAGACAUAUUCAUUAAUAAAACAGCUUUAUUACACAACAUUGGACACUCUCUCUCAAAUAUGGCUGCCCAAAAACACCAUUCCCUUGCUUUCAAAUCUUUGAUUAUAGCAGCGUUUUUGUUAUUUCAUUGUGUUGGAUUUAUUAGUGGUGCUGUGGCUACUACAGAGCUCCAGCUCUCGCAACACAAUCAAGGGCAAUGGCUGCUCCUCCUAAACAACACUGGUGUGGUGGCCAUGCACAUGGCAUUGACAAACCGCAACACUGUCUUGAUGUUUGAUCAAACGGGAUCAGGCCCAUCUGCGUAUCGGCUUCAGCAUCGUUUCAAUGGAAGAAGGUGCACUGGAUCCAGGGAUGAUUUGCAAGACUCCUCAUGCUAUGCUCACUCAGUUGAGUAUGAUAUUUCUAGCAACAAAAUUAGGCCUCUAAGGCUCUAUACUGAUCCUUGGUGUUCCUCAGGCUCUUUCUUGAGCAAUGGAACACUCCUACAAGUUGGUGGAUAUGGCAGGGGUUCUCGAAGUAUCCGAUACUUUAGGCCAUGUGGGGAUCAUUUAUGUGAUUGGAGGCAAUCGGGGAGAUUAUUGAGAAGUGAUCGUUGGUAUGCUUCCAAUCAGCUACUCCCUGGCAAUGACCGGGUGAUUGUUGUGGGUGGAAGAAGGGCUUUUACCUAUGAAUUUGUACCUAAAAGGUCCCCUAAUGAAGGUGCUUUUGAUCUUCCAUUCUUGCACCGAACCUAUGAUCGGAAUGCAGGAGGGAACAACCUCUAUCCCUUCCUUCACCUUUCUUCUGAUGGAAAUUUGUUCAUUUUUGCAAAUCGAGAUUCUAUCCUUUUCAAUCCUAGACAGAAUAGGGUGGUCAAGACCUACCCUCGGAUUCCCAAGGUUGGGGCAAGGAACUACCCGAGCUCUGGCUCCUCAGUAAUUCUUCCACUAGACUACAAAAACAAGUUCCAAAAGGUGGAAGUCAUGGUGUGUGGAGGUUCAACUCCUGGAGCUUUUAGGGCCGCCAAUGAAGGGAGAUUCUUGAAGGGCUUGAGUUCUUGUGGAAGAAUGGUGAUCACAGGUAAUAAACACAAGUGGAAUAUGGAAAACAUGCCCGGACCUCGUCUCCUAAACGACAUGCUAGUCCUCCCAACAGGCCAUGUCUUGAUCAUCAAUGGUGCAAAACAUGGUUGUGCUGGAUGGAAUAAUGCAAGGAAUGCUUCCCUCCAACCUUACCUAUACACACCUCACCAAAAACUUGGGAGAAGAUUCUCAGUGCUGAGAGCCACUAGAAUACCUAGAAUGUAUCAUUCAUCAGCCAUUCUUUUACCUGAUGGGAGGGUCUUAGUUGCAGGUAGUAACCCUAACAAUAGGUACACUUUCAGAAACGUGGCCUACCCAACUGAACUUAGGCUACAAGCAUUUGUUCCACACUACAUGGACCGGCGAUUUCACCAUUACCGGCCACAAAACGUGACGGUACACUAUGCUUCCGGUGAGAAUUUUGGGGUCAAACAUGGCGAGGAGUUUGGUGUAGGGUUUUGGUUGGAUAGGAAGCCAAGCAAGGAUUUGGAGUUUAACAUUUAUGCACCACCAUUCACUACACAUUCCAUAUCUAUGAACCAAAGGAUGCUAAAGCUGAGGUGCAGAACCAUGGCGACGGCUGGGGGUGGAAGGAUAAAUGCACUGGUGGAGGCCCCUCCAUCUCCUGAUGUUGCUCCCUCAGGUUAUUACAUGCUCACAGUUGUGAAUGAUGGAAUUCCAAGCUUUUCUCAAUGGGUGAGGUUUAUAGAUGCUUGAGAUCCCUCCCUAAUUGGGAAAUCCUAAGCUGGGGAGUGGAGGGUAAUUGUGUAGACAAUACACUAAUCAGUAAGAGAGUAGGGUCACUUUAAUAUGCAUAAAUAUUAAUUAGGCAUUGCAUAAAUUUCCAGGAGUGACCUGGUAAUGCCAUGACUAGCUUCUGCUGUCAUAAUUAUGAUUAUUAUUUCUAAACAACUGAACUAGCAUUGUCAUUUUAUUUUGUUUCUUUUAUAUGAGAAUUUCUAUUCUUAGGCCAGUGUAUAGAGUACACCUAAUAAAAUGUUUACAUGGCAUAAUUUGUUUUGAUUUGAAUCUUACAAAUCAAAUCUUACCA